GGGAGCAAACUCUGAACUAACUCUGAACUUCCUCGUGACUAUUAUCGCCCUCUGCGCUGUCCACGCGGCCCCGCUGUACGUGAUGGGGUGCGCUACUGCCGCAUGCAAGGCAAUAUGGUUCGAAAGGUUGGCACCAUUGCUGUGAGACCAAGUUAGAAAGCCCUGAGUACAAAACGUAUGCUUUAUGGUGGAUUCCGCGGUCACAUCAGUGACACGGCUCCAACUCAUCAGUAUCCGCACCAGUCGAGAUCAGAGAACCUAUGUAACUAUCUUUUCGUGGAAAGAUCCGUCGAACCUCACGUAUGUAAGGCUGAGACCCAACCUUUACCCAACCAGUCGUCCUGCGCUCCAUAGCCGCUUGGCUUCAACCUGCCCCGUAGGAGGUCGUCUGCAACCUACAACAAGCGUAAUGCCGCCGGAUAUACCGGCGGAUCUCGUGUACAACAUCCUGGAUUACCUGUGGAGCGACCCGUGGACGCUGUUCAACUGUGCCUUGACAUGUCGAACGUGGAGAGACGCCAGUCGACGGCUCUUGAAACGAGGACAAGGCCUCAGCAUCAACAACUUCGAGAACCUCGACCGCAUCUCGCGACUGCUCAACUCGAAGAAGACGCGACACUUCUAUCGAGACUUGCGGCAGCUCUACAUUACGGACGACAGGGAGAAGCCGUUCAUGCACGUCCUCUCUCUCCGCCUCCCGGGAGCGCUUCUACCCAACGUGCGGCUCCUCAGGCUCGAGCAAAUUGACUGGACGAGCCGCCGGCCGCACUCCAGCACGUUCGCUCUGACGACCGCGUUCACAUCUGUCGUCGAUCUCAGCAUCACGGGGAGCCGGUUUGGCAGCUCCGCAGACAUUCGACAAUUCAUAUCUGCCUUCCGAGAACUGAAAACAUUGGAGCUGGCCAACGUCAGUGUGUUGUCCUCUGCGGCGGGGCCAAGAUACCUUGAUCUACCCAGGUCUGCGCGUUCUCCAGUGAAGUGGCUGCGCUUGGAGGUCUUGCGCCUCGAUGCUUUGCCUCAAGGAGGCACUCUCGUCGGACACCCCAUGUUCCUCAACCCCAUCCUCGAUCUCUGCUCGAACUUCACGUUGUUGGUGAUGCUUCACAUCCGGAAGUGCACCUUCAGGAGCUUCGACGAUUUGAGGCACUUCGUAUCCUGCUUUCCCCAACUCGGUCAGCUGAAGAUGUUCGACAUCGUUUGGGAUAUUGCCAGUCCUCGACGUUCGACGCUUCCUUCGAUCCUGAGCGAAGGUCCCGAACUACCGAGGUUGCACACUUUCGUUGCGAAGGUUGCUUCAUCUGUCCAGGGCGAUCGGCUGCUUGACUGGCUCGUUGCGAGUCUUCCCAAUCGCAGUCUGGAGUCACUUGAUGUCAAUCUGUGCAGCACGCCUCUUGUGGGUCGCACCUUGCGGGCCGUGGGCGGUGGUUUACAAAGACUCGUAUUACACACUGUUGCAUCAAAGGAGGGCAUGGCUACGCAGACUUUGUACAACUACUUGGGCAAAGCGGAUGGCCUACGGAUCCGAAUCUGCGUACAACAGGAUACGCCCACUCUGCGACUUUCGCGCCUUGCACUGCUACGGGCUCUCGCGGAGUGCGAUACCAUCGACGGCGACAUGCGCCGCGUUGAUUUGCACAUCAUUACGGAGUCACAGAAAUUCCUCACCGACGAUAUCCUAGCCUCGGAUGCGAGUUCGCGCAGAAAGACAGCCAAGGACAUCACUUCCCGCCCAGUAUUUGCCUCUCUCGAGCGGGUCACCGUGAAUGUAGAGCGCUACCCUUCCCAAACUGGGACACAGAGGCUGUCGACCUUACGGGAGGCAAGAGACGAGAUUUGUGGCCUACUCUCGGACUGGGACACUCGUGGUAUUCUUGUCUUCUCGUAUCCAUCGUGGUACUCAGAAAACGGACAUACGGUUGGAGGUUCCGUAGAUGCGGAAGAGGACAUCGAGGACUGGGCUGUUUGGGGAGACACCUGAGGAUCAAAUAUGAUGCACGGAAGACGGUGGUGAAGUGUACUAAGUAUGGGUUGAUGGACUUAGAAGGCACG